UUAACAAAUGGUCCAUCUAAUCGACCCAUUUAAGCUGAAAACCCAUAGGAAGUGUCAAAAUUAAAAAGAAGGAUAUGCACUUUUAUUAAUUCCAAAAAUAACCUUUGCUAAUUAUGAAAAAUAAUAAUAAUAAACAAAAAAAUCCAGGUUGGAAUUUUGCCCUAAUUUUGGUGUCUCUUCAGAUUUCAAGCCUAGAAGCCGUUUUCUUCUCUUCAUCCUGAGUUCCUCCGUCGCUUGCAUCUUAAUCUCUACGGCUCUUGGGAAUUUUGCCCUAAUUUUGCUCUCUUCAGCAUUUCAAGCCUAUAAGCCAUUUUCUUCUCUGCCUAGAAGUCGUUUUCUUCUCUGCUUAGAAGCCAUUUUUUCUGUUCCUCCCGAGUUUCUCCAUCGCUUGCAUCUCAAUCUCUGUGGCUUUUUGGAAUUUUGCCCUAAUUUUGGUCUCUCUUCAGCAUUUCACGCUUAGAAGCCGUUUUCUUCUCUUCAUCCCGAGCACUUCCAUCGCUUGCAUCUCAAUCUCUGCGGCUCUUUCAUUUUUUCUAUCAUUCGUCUCUCUCGAAAAUUUGAAUAAGGUAUGGAUUUCAAUUGGGUCUCUCUUGUUGCAUAUUUGAGGUUAGUAGAUUGCCUAAAUUUUGGUCUCUCUUCAGCAUUUCAAGCCUAGAAGCCGUUUUCUUCUCUUCCUCCCGAGCACCUCCAUCGCUUGCAUCUCAAUCUCUGUGGCUCUUUCAUUUUUUCUCGCAUUCGUCUCUCUCGAGAAUUUGAAUAAGGUAUGGAUUUCAGUUGGGUCUCUCUUGUUGCAUAUUUGAGGUUAGUAGAUUGCCUAAAUCUCGACCUAAAUUUUCUUAGUCCAAAUCUCUAAACUGUGUUCAACUUGAUCUCCGGAGUUCAAGUUACUGUUCCCAUUCAAUAAUUGACUUCUUGGUUUGCUCCUAUUAUUCGGAUGCUGAGAAAAUAAUGAGAAAAAGAAAGGAAAAAUUUUGAACCAUAAUUUUUUCAAGCCUUGAGAAUACAGAAAAUGCAUUUUACCUGCAACUCAUAAUUCAUGGCUUAAUCGAUCUGAUUAUAUUUUUGUAAUUUAUUUUAGAUUUUUUUUUCAUGCUAUUUGUAUAUUUUAAAUUCAAAAAAAUAUUUGUGAAAAAUUGUCAUAUAUACUUGAAAAUAAUUUAUAAUUGUUUAAUUGGUUGCUAGAAAACCAGGAGAGGAAAAAUGGAAAGGGGAAAUGGAAAACCUAAAAACCCUAAAGUUUUCUUAUGGUGCAUUGGCUUGAGAUGUAGGCACAAGUAACAGAUUUAUCUCUUUUUAUCUAUUAGUUUUUUUUACCCUUAAACCUUAAAUGUGUUAAACUAUUGCUUAUGGUUUUGUAUGAAUCAUCUAAAGUAGGACAUGAUAGUUUAGAAGAGAAUUCUGUAUUUGUUACAUUUUUUAGGCUAUUAUCUCUUCAUAUUAUUUUGAAAAGCAACGCUUUAUAAUUAAUAUUUAAAUAUCUCCAUUCUCUUUGAAUAAGUUUGUAGGCAUGUCUGAUAUAGUAGUACCAACAGAAAUUGUCUAAGGGUUUGAGUGAGAAUGAGAAUUUGUUUUCUACCUAGUGUAAGUAUAGGCCAGAGCUUAAUAAAACGUGGGGGAUUAUUUCCUAUUGAAUGUCUUAUAGUUCCAUAAUUCCAAUGUUUUUGGUGUAUAUAUAUAUAUAUAUAUGUUCUGGAGUAUUAUGUCGAAUCAGACACAAAAUCCUCCUACUUUACUAGAUAUUAUUGUGAUGUUCUGUCUUAAAGUUCCAAGUAUUGACACGAUUAGAUUAUUAGCAUAGGUAAGUAGUAGUGUCAAAUUGGGUAGCACUAAAGUAGUUGGAGAGAGAGGUUUUUGCUUAUAAAAAUGUGAACUAUGAAUAUAUAAGUAAAGGGGAAUGAUAGGGAAAAUAAGUUAGAGAUUUGUUUUUUUUUUCCUUUUAUAGCCUUUCUUAGUUUUUAAUUUAAUGAUUUUUUUUAAUCUAUUAAUUUCAAUCUUUUAAUUUCCAUUUCAGUUUUACAUUUCUCAUUUUUGUUUUUUUAUUUUUAUUAUUAUUUUUAGUUUUGUUUAGGUUAGGUAGUAUUUAUCAGUCCAAGAGAAGAGAGAAGCUCGGUCUUCAUAUCUUAGUUCAACUCACCGUUUGUUUAUUAGUGCCUAUCUUAAAAUAAUCUUACCGUUGACAAUGGUUAGAAUAAUCAAAAGGAGCAACAAAAAUUAUUUUUUAAGACUUUAAAGUUACAUUUUUUUGUAUAUACAUUUUUUAAAAUAUAACUUUUUCGUAUGGGAACAUAGUAUAUUGUGAGAUGAAAAAACUUUUAAGAUCACAUUGAAUAUGCAUUAUUGUUUGUUCAACAAUAUAAAUUUGUGCUUUAUUUCAAUAGGUUGAUGGAUGCCACAAAUAGAAUAUACUGUUAUAUUUUCGUGGGAGGCAAACUUGUCCAAAAAAAUGAUGGCCUUUGGGAAUAUGUUGGUGGAAGAAGCAAAGGUAUUCACAUUUAUAAAGGAAUGACAUUUAAAGAAUUCACUUAGAAGGUCUUAGAAAAAUUCGACAUUUCCCUUCAUGUGAGGAGGAUGCACUACACCCUCAAGUUUAACCCUAGAGUCAUCCAAGAUUUAGAAGAUGAGGAUGACUUGGAUAACGUGGUUUCCCACAGUGAUGACUUUGCAAAUGUGUACAUAGUCGAGUCACCCGGUGUGGAAGCCAUAGAGGCAAAUAUACCGAAUACACAGUUGGCACUUGGGUAAUGCGUUUUCACUUGGAUGUCUAUUUAAAAUUUUAUGAAUAUCAAUUUUACGCAUUAUGUAGUCUAAUUUUGGUUAUGAAUGUAAAUGCAGAGGUCCACAUCCUAUGUUUCCUUCAUCUAAUGCAUCAUGCGAUGCAAAUCCUAAUACUAUGAUGUUAUCAAGAGGUUUUGCAUCGCGUUGUGUAGAUAGUGAGUACACCCCUUUGGAAUCGAAUCGGUUUUGUGAGGCAAUAUUAGGUUCCGGACAUACAUUUAAGAAUGCAGAUGAGUUUCGGAAUGCAAUAUACCAAAUGUCAUUAGUUGGAAGGUUUCAAUACAAGUACAAGAAAAAUUCACCUACUCAUAUGUCAGUAAAGUGUUCGGUUGAGGAUUGUCCUUGGAAGAUAACAACUCAUGCUGUUGAAGGAAAUGAAAUAUUGCGAGUUUAUACUUACCAAGUUAAUCAUAAUCAUAUAGCUCAAGAUGAGUGUUCAUCUAAGGUGCGGGUUUCUUCCAAGAGAGGUGCUGUUGUUGUUGAAGACGUGUUUAGAACAACUUCAGAAUACCUUCCUCGACAAAUUUGCAAGGAUUUUAAACGUGAUCAUGGAGUUCAAUUGACUUAUAACCAAGCAUGGCAUCUUAAAGAGAAGGUAAAAGAGCGUGUAUAUGGAUCUCCAAGUGCGUCCUACGCGUAUUUGCCUUGGUUAUGCCAUAGGCUAAGGGAAAUUAACCCUGGAACUAUUGCCGAGUACACUUCUCAUGAAGGUCACUUCAAGCAAUUGUUCAUUGCCCAUGCAUUUUCAAUUCAAGGGUUCACCAUGGGGUGUCGACCGGUAUUGGCUAUUGAUUCUUGCCACCUAAGUGGUCCAUACAAAGGAGCUCUUUUGUCUGCCAUUGCAUAUGAUGCAGAUGAUGGAAUGUUCCCUCUAGCCUUGGGUGUGGUUGGUUCAAAAAAUUAUGAGGAUUGGUAUUGGUUCUUGGAGAAAUUGAAGGGGAUCCUAGAUGGUCGAGAAGUAAUUAUUAUAUCAGAUAGACAUCAAGGGAUAUUGCGUAGUGUUUCGGAGUUGUUUGGGGUAGAAAAUCAUGCCUAUUGUUAUCGACAUGUGAAAGAGAACUUUUCAAGCUUCUUCAACAGGCAAAACAUUAGGGGAAAGAAAGGGAAAGAAGAUGCUUUGUUGCUUUUAGACAACAUUGCAUAUGCUCGGUUGGAUAUAGACUACAAUGAGGCGUUUGAAAAACUUGUGCGUUUCAAUGGUGACCUAGCAAGGUGGGUUGCGGAGAAUAGUCCGGAGCAUUGGGCGAUGUCAAAGUUCCUUAAAAAACGUUGGGAUAAAAUGACAACUAAUAUUGUAGAGUCCUUCAAUGCGUGGUUAAGAGAGGAACGACACCAAACAAUUUAUACGUUGCUGAUGAUGCACAUGGAUAAGCUUGUAGCCAUGUUGGACACCCAUAUGUGUGGUACAGAUAAGUGGAAGAGCGUGGUUGGACCCAAAACAGAAGAAAAGCUAAUGUCAAAUAUCACGAGAUCUGCUCCGAUUACUAUGAUGCCCUAUUUGGGUGGGACGUUCAAGGUUUUUACUGGAGAUGUUUAUUUGGUUGUGGAUAUGCAGCAACAUAAGUGUACAUGUCUAACAUGGCAAAUGUCCGGGUUGCCAUGUCCACAUGUAUGUGCUGUGAUCCGCACAUUGAGACACGAUGUGUAUGACUAUAUCGACCCAUGUUUUAAAGUCUCCACCCAACAUUUGAUUUACUCGGGUCAGUUUCAACCAUUACCAACACACAACAUGCCUAAAGUUUGUGAGGCUGGGACUUUGCAAGAUGGCCAAGGCAAUGUAUUUCCUAAUCUCCAACCCCCGCAAGUGAGACGUCCUCCAGGAAGACCCCGACAAAGGCGUAUUGAGUCACAAUUUAGCCAUAAGAGAGCUAUUCAUUGCUCUCGAUGCAAUGGCAUAGGUCACAAUCGGUCUAAAUGUAAUAAUCCAUUGCCGUGACAUGUUCAUUUCUUUGCUUGUAAGGUUUUCAUUUUGUGUACGAUCCCUCAUUGUUCCAUUAUUUGCUUUAUGGUCAUAGGGUUGUUGCUUUUGGAUGUUAUGUAUUGUCCUUAUUAUAGACACGAUGCACUACUUUUUAAUUUUAUUUUUUAUAAGACUACUUUUUAAUUUUCAUUAUUUGGAGUUGCUUUCAUUACUAAUUUAAUUUGAAAUUGCACUUUCAAUGUGGUAUCCUUUAACUUGAUGUAUACUUUCACUUCCCUAUUUUAAGUAUGUCCUACUCACAUCAUUGGAUGCGUGCUUUUUUCUUGUCACUUAGCUAAACUUUCAUAGUAUUGUACUAUACUUGCUCUCUAGUUAUUCAGUUGGUCAGUUUAGCUGUGCAUAACAUUCUACUUUUCUAUGCCCAAUGAUGCAGUUAUAAUAUUAACAAUGGCUGGUAAUGGCCUAAAUGGUUCUGCUGCCAGUUCACUCCCACUCUCGGGCACAUCACUGCAAACUCGAUGCUCAGCUGCAAGAUUUAAGAAACUCUGUAACCGAUUACCAGAGGAAAAAAUACAAGCAAUAAGAGACCUCCAAUUUGGAGGUCUCUUAAACUUAAACUGCAUAGAGGUGCACCAUAACAUCUGUAUUUUCUAAUCCAACAUUUCAAUGUUGGAUUUAGACGGAUAGAGUUCUCAGCCCAGAAACACUAUCCUCUUACAGCCACCGAUGUUGACCUCAUUUUCGGCCUCCCAACAGAAGGGCGGAUUUUGCAUGUGACCUCUACAUCAACAGAGCAUCCAUUUGGGACUAUUCGGGCAUGCGAGGAGAAACUCCUGGACUUACCUGUAGGCGAGGAGUUUCGUAGAGCAUUCAUUUACUACGCAUGUGCCACAUUGUUGGCCCCCACGUCUAGGAUCAAUGGUUGCCGUAACUUGUGGCAUACCAUCCAUGAGGAUGGAUUCUGAAAUGACGUUAAUUGGGCCCAAUUUGUGCUUGACCAAUUGGUUGAGGGAAUUAGGCGAUACCAACAAUCUAAGACCUCUUGGGUACAUGGCUGCAUUUUAUUUCUUCAGCUACAUUAUGUCAUUAAAUUCCAAAUUCCUUCAGUCCAAGUCCCCAUUACAGUGCCCCCAGCAUUGGCAUGGACUGAUGAUAUGAUUAAGCGACGACUAGUCGCUGAGAUAAAAGAGUUUGGAGCAUUCGGACAUGUUGAGAUUGAUUUUGCGUCCCAGAGAUCUCCAACCGUAGAGAGAACUAUGGAGCCAGAGACUAAUGUGGACCAUGACACAAAUGUUGAUUCUGAAAAUAGUGAUGAAAUAUGACAUCAAUAUCAUGAUGCAGAACGAGCAAUCGACCAAUAUCAACGGGGCAUUCAGCAGCAGCUGAGAAUAAUGCGUGGCCUUAUGCAUAAGUUAGGGACUCGCAGACAUAGUGGGGUAAAUUCAGAUGCGGGUGGUCACUCUAGCUAUGCACCAGCCAACACUCCCACAGCUGAUGACCAUGCAUUUCCUGGUGAUGAGUACAUGGCUUCGCAUGCUGCAGACCAUGUGCUAGACACACCAUAUCGCGUUGUCGCCCCUGAGUAUGAGUUGCAGCCCAGUGUACCCAUUAAUGUAGUAAGCGAUGGUGAAGAACAACCAGAAGGUAAUGUUGUCCCCACAAAUAGGAACGUCCGGAGACGCCGAGUGCGUUGAAUGGCUCCAAACCUGUUGUCCCCAUACAUAUCCCAACCACAAACCAAACAAUCUGCCAUCAAAAUCGACCUCAAACAUACAGCUGCACUGGUAUUUGGAUGCUAGUGAGGAAUUAGUGUCUAUGCAUGACACUAUCCUAACCAGAGGCAAUUUGGGCUGCUUCGAAGGGAAUGGGUGGAUAGGAAACGACGUGCAUAUCACUUCUUAUCCCUCUUUAUGCAUUAUUUUAAGUUUGAAAAUGAAAGUGUGGUUCUAAUAUAAUUAGUUGCUUACACUUUUAAGAUAUACGAAAUCAGGUCGUCAAUGCUUACUGUAGAUUGUUGCAGUAUCAACAUGAAUCGAAGUCGAAACUGUUUCUAUCCCCAUACAUAGCUGAAAUGGUAAUCCACUCCCAGGCAAAACACUUAGUGAGGGAGGCAGUUAUUAGACGCUUUGAACCACAUCUGAAUCAGAUUGAUAUUCCAUAUGUCAAUGUUAAUGAGGUCUUCUUACCGGUUCUCAUAAAGAACCAUUGGACAUUGUAUGUAUAUGACCUAGCAAACAGGAGAAUCCAACUGCUAGAUUCUUGUCCUGGUAGGAAGAAGACAAUGUUGAGUGGAGUUCAACAAAAUCUGGCCAAGGUUGUCCUGUGGUUGGCUGCCCACAAAAAAGAGGUAUCACCUUAUGAUUUGAGGACAUUCAAUUUCAUAACACCUGAUGUACCCCUCCAACCUAAUGAGCACGAUUGCGGAGUUUUUGUAAUGAAAUUCAUGGAAUUGUGGUCAAUGGGGGGGGGGGGGG